UGUUCCUUCAGUGUGAACUAAAUAUGUUGAGUGACAUUGAAACAAAAAGCAAAUGAAGGCAUCUGUGUAUUUAAGAGCUUAAUGCGUAGCUAUUGUUUGAUAAUUUAUAAUAGUGGGUUAUUCAGAUGUCAGGGCGGGGGGAGGUUACCCGGAUGAAGAACACAUGUGAGUUCAGUGUAACUGCAGCAGCUCUAAAGCGGCUCCUUUUCUUACACCAUUCAGUCUGCUGUACUGACGGACACGCGCAUUCCUUCAUUCACCUCCAGAUCACUCUGCAAAAUGCUGCGUUUACCCAGUGUAAUGAAACAGAUGAGGCCAGUGUGCAGGGCGCUGGCCCCACACCUGACCCGUGCGUAUGCUAAGGACGUCAAGUUUGGAGCAGAUGCCCGCGCCCUCAUGCUCCAGGGCGUUGACCUGCUGGCUGAUGCUGUGGCCGUCACCAUGGGACCAAAGGGUCGCACCGUUAUCAUUGAGCAGAGCUGGGGCAGCCCUAAAGUCACCAAAGAUGGUGUCACAGUUGCCAAAAGUAUCGACUUGAAGGAUAAGUAUAAGAACAUCGGGGCCAGGCUGGUACAGGACGUGGCCAACAACACAAAUGAGGAAGCUGGAGAUGGCACCACAACCGCCACAGUUUUGGCCCGUGCUGUUGCCAAGGAAGGAUUUGACACCAUCAGCAAAGGCGCCAACCCUGUGGAGAUCCGUAGAGGAGUCAUGCUGGCGGUGGAAGAAGUCAUCAAUGAACUCAAGAAACUCUCCAAGCCGGUCACAACACCAGAGGAAAUUGCUCAGGUGGCCACUAUUUCUGCCAAUGGAGACACUGAAGUUGGUAACAUCAUCUCCAAUGCUAUGAAGAAAGUGGGCCGCAAGGGUGUUAUUACAGUGAAGGAUGGUAAAACCCUACAUGAUGAGCUUGAACUCAAGAAACUCUCCAAGCCGGUCACAACACCAGAGGAAAUUGCUCAGGUGGCCACUAUUUCUGCCAAUGGAGACACUGAAGUUGGUAACAUCAUCUCCAAUGCUAUGAAGAAAGUGGGCCGCAAGGGUGUUAUUACAGUGAAGGAUGGUAAAACCCUACAUGAUGAGCUUGAGAUCAUUGAGGGCAUGAAGUUCGACCGUGGCUACAUUUCUCCUUACUUCAUCAACACAGCUAAAGGCCAGAAGUGUGAGUUCCAGGAUGCUUACCUGCUUCUGAGUGAGAAGAAGAUCUCCAGCGUACAGAGCAUCGUGCCAGCACUGGAACUUGCCAACCAGCAUCGCAAGCCUCUGGUCAUCAUUGCUGAAGAUGUGGACGGAGAGGCACUCAGCACUCUGGUCCUCAACAGGUUGAAGGUUGGACUUCAGGUCGUUGCAGUUAAGGCUCCAGGAUUCGGGGACAACAGGAAAAACCAGCUGCAGGAUAUGGCAAUUUCCACUGGAGGCACGGUGUUUGGUGAUGAGGCUGUGGGUCUGGCCAUAGAGGAUAUCCAGGCACAUGACUUUGGCAGAGUCGGCGAGGUCAUUGUGACAAAGGAUGACACGAUGCUCCUCAAAGGCCGUGGUGAUUCAGCAGCCAUUGAGAAGCGUGUGAAUGAGAUCGCUGAACAGCUGGAGAGCACUAACAGUGACUACGAGAAGGAGAAACUCAACGAGCGUCUGGCCAAGCUCUCCGAUGGAGUGGCUGUGAUUAAGGUUGGAGGAACAAGUGACGUUGAAGUGAAUGAGAAGAAAGACCGCGUCACUGAUGCGCUGAAUGCCACUCGAGCUGCUGUGGAGGAGGGAAUAGUUCUUGGAGGAGGAUGUGCCCUGUUGCGCUGCAUCCCAGCCCUGGACAACAUCAAGCCAGCCAAUGAUGAUCUAAAGAUUGGUAUCGACAUCAUUCGCAGAGCGCUUCGUAUUCCUGCAAUGACUAUUGCCAAGAAUGCAGGAGUUGAGGGCUCUCUGGUGGUGGAGAAGAUCUUGCAGAGCGCUCCAGAGAUUGGAUAUGACGCUAUGAAUGGUGAAUAUGUCAACAUGGUCGAAAGAGGCAUUAUUGACCCCACAAAGGUCGUGAGGACUGCUCUGCUAGAUGCUGCAGGCGUUGCAUCUCUGCUGUCUACUGCUGAAGCCGUUGUCACCGAGAUACCAAAGGAGGAGAAGGACAUGCCGGCUGGAGGAAUGGGAGGCAUGGGUGGCAUGGGAGGCAUGGGAUUCUAAACCGAUCUGCACCGACGUUAGUGAAAGGGUUGUGGGCAGGUGACAUGAUAUGCCCCUCCCUUUCGAACCUGCCGAAAUUGAGUACUGGUGGUCUGAUCAUGGAGCAAAAGAAAUGGACCUUACAGUCUCCCAUCCUUCCACCGCUAUGUCCAAUCUUAUCUCUCUACUCAUGGCUGAAGACGUCACCCUACCGCUUUAAAGACAAGUUCUUGAUAAUGUGACCAGGGAGAGUCUGUCUGCCUUUGUUAUAUAACAUUGUGCUCACCAAGUCUAAUGGGAAAGUGCAUUUAACAUUGCAUACUGUCAUGCUGUUGUGUUGUACGAAUGUCAUUGUCCGUAUAGCUGGUUUUGAAUCAGACCAUCUGAAGGGGCUUUAAAAGCCAGAUGUUCAGGUUAAAGUUUGUAUUAAUGAGCAAGAAAGUAGUAGGAACUUUGACCAGUUGUAUCUAAAAAAAAAAAAUCCACUUCAUUGAUCAGUUCAUUUUGUUUUGUACACUGUUCAUUUUCAUAUAAAAAUAAACCCCUCAUUUGAGGAUUACACAACUGUGACGAAGCAAGUACUUGUUUUGCCUUCAAUUGUUACUUUAGUUUUUCUCACGGAAUAGAAAUAUGUUGAUAUCAGCUUAAAGAAUUGUGAUGUUUUCCUGUGUUUCUGGUUUCGUUUCUUAAAGGGAUAGUUCUCCAAAAACAAAACAAAACUCAUUUACCCACCUUCAUGUUUUUCUAAACCUGACUUUGUUUUUUUUUCUGUGGAACACUAUAUAUUAUAUUUUGAAAGUCAAGAGAGGUCCAAAACGACAUUCAACAGCAUGUUGGAGACUUUUUUUUUUUUUUUUCAAAAUCUCUUUUGGUUGAUGACAAUUUUCAUUUUUUAGUGAACUGUCCCUUUAAAAUCUGAGGGUUGAACAUCUUUUGGUCAAGAUUAGAGUUUGGUAGGAAGGUUGAGUGGAGGGAUGGGUGAACUUGUUGCACAGCAGUUUUUACAACAGCCAUGCAAGUGUAUGCCCAACAAAAUAUUGAAUACAAUUAGUGCGAAGUCAUUCUAAAGAUCUAACUUUUGAGUAGUGGUACAGUAUAGUGUUUAAAAAAAAAACUGUUUAUUAAGAGAAUUACUUGUUUUUAAAGCUACAUUCUCUAUGAAUGUGCAACAAUGAUCAUUCAACAAUGUUUUGUACAAUAUAGUCAUUAAUUCUGUAUUUUUUAUUUAAUAAAAUUCAGUGUUCACAAAGAAA